AUUUAAGCAUUACGUAAUAGGCUAAAUACAUCAUUGUACUGACACAAUCACAGUUUGAGAUGUAAGGAAGAGCAGUUUUUAUUGCGUAGUCACACUGAGAUGAAUGCAUCAGUAUCUGUCACGAUUUGUUUUAUCCUGCUAAUAGCCAAGUAUGCAGCAGGUAAGAGAUAUAGCUAUAGCUAUAAUGUAUAAACCUCAAGAUUCUUCCAGCUAGAGCCGUCUGCACUGAUGGGGACGUUAGGCUAGAAGAUAAAGAGAGUGAUUAUGUAGGGAGAGUUGGGCUCUGUUACAAAGGAGUCUGGGGCACAGUUUUUGAUAGAGAAAUCAAUGAUAAUGCUGCUAUUAUUGUAUGCAGACAACUUGGAUUGCCAAACCAUGAUCCUAAAGUUGUGCUGCAGUAUGCUGGAGCUAAGGAAAUGAGGAGUCUGGAUAUAGUGGUCCUGGUAGCUGGUUGGACGGGACUUUGGUGUGAGUUGUGCUCCACCUUGCACUGAUGGUGAGGUGCGGCUACUGAGGGACAGAGUGCAGACUUGCCGAGGCCAACGCUGGGGCUAUGUCUGUUAUGAUAGGGGCUGGACUCGUCAGGAUGCACAAGUUGUGUGUAGAGAGCUUGGGUUCUCACCAAAAGAUGCAUUAGUGGAUUACCACAUUUUUGUGUUUGGUCAACAUACAUUCCCCUACUUUGUGAAUAAAACUAACUGCAAUGGGUCAGAGGGACAUCUUCUGGACUGCCCAGAUGUUAAUGAAACUCUUUUGUGUGGAUCUGUAACUGCACCUAAGGCAUAUUGUUCAGGGACCCAAGAGUGUAAUGGAACGCAGACAGUUCGUCUUCAGAAGAUUGUUAAGGGUUUGGAAAAUUAUGGAAGGCUGGAAGUUUGUUAUGAAGGAUACUGGGGAAGUGUAUGUGAUGAUUCCCUUCAUCAUUCCGAAGUAUUGCCGUCUGCAUUAGUAGCUUGCAAAGAACUGGGAUAUUCAAAAGUCAUGAAAGCGGAGUUUACCCCCAUUGGGAGAACUGUCUACAGCCUCCCAAGUAUUCCUAUUGUGGUAGAUGAUAUACGAUGUGCUGGUGACGAAACGUCUCUCCUCGAUUGCCAGAAAAGUAUCAAACUGCAUAACUGCAUAAGUUGGGAGGAUGUAGUGUUGCAUUGCAGAGAAAGAGAGUGCAAUGAUACUGAUAUACGCCUGGUUGGUGGACGGACGUCAUUGGAUGGGGAAGUUGAAGUUUGUCAUAAUCAUCUCUGGAUGCCAGUUUGUAGCGAGUCAUGGGACGAGAGAGAAGCAGAAGUAGUUUGUGCACAACUAGGACACAAGAGAAGAUCUUAUGCCUUGAAAGAAUAUGAACUUCCUGAUCCAACGGAAGGUGUAAAUAUAUUACCGUGCUAUGGAAAUGAGACAUUGUUGACAAACUGCAAUUAUGACAUAACAGAGUGUACAUCGAGAGCAGCAGUCGUGUGUACUGAUACUACAUGUGAGGAAGAUGGUGUGAGGUUGGUAGGUGGUCACAGUGUGAAGGAAGGGAGAUUUCAAAUGUGCCAUGAGGGAGAGUGGCACUCAGUCUGUGCUGACUCCUGGAGCGAGAGUGGAUCUGAGGCCAGGACUGUCUGUGCUACACUGGGAUACAUAGGAGACUCAGUCACAGCUGAUUUUGGAAGAGAUCACACACCAUUACUUCCAAUGGAUAUCCAGUGCAAUGGAGUAAAAGAUGAACUUAACUUGUGCAUUUUUACGAAUCGAAGCAGUUCCUAUGAGUGCAAGAAAGUGGCUAGUGUCAUCUGUGAUGCUCGCUGCACAUUGGAAGACAUCUCCUUUUGUACUGACUGUAGUGGUCCGUCUUCAAUCUGUUCUAUUUAUGACAACUGCUUUUGCUCAUCUGAUUGUUUUAUUUCCGGGAAAUGCUGUCCGGAUGUGGAAAGCUAUUUGCAAUGCUUAAAUGUAGAUGACUGUCAGACAGGGGAGGUACGUCUGGUCGGAGGGGUGACAGGAUCCUCGAGUGGAGUGGUGGAAGUGUGCGUGAAUGGAGUGUGGGGCACUGUCUGUGACUACAACAAUGAGUGGACUCUUGUGAAUGCAGCAGUAGUUUGCCGCCAACUGAAUUUACCAAUAUCCUAUGUUUCGGCAUUGCCAUUUUCUGUAUUUGGAUCUGCUUCAAGUGGUCCAGUUCUCUUUGACAGUGUUCACUGCAUGGGAACUGAAGACAAUCUCCUGGACUGUCCUCAUUCGAGUGUCGGUAACCAUUUCUGCCACCAAGAAUUUCCUUCAACUGUAGCGGUCCGGUGCACAGCGGACUGUGAGGAAGGAGAGGUGAGACUGCGGGACGGUACACAUGAGUCCAAUGGUCGUGUGGAGACUUGCCAGAACGGGAUAUGGGGCUCUGUUUGCAGUGAUAACAUGUGGGAUGUCCACGAUGCUGGUGUGGUUUGCAGACAACUUAACUUCACAUCAGAUGAUGUUCGAGUAACUGAAGUGUUUGGGAGAGAGGGUCCAGUGCUAAUGAGUAAAGUUGGUUGUAAUGGAUCAGAGACUGGACUCCACCUCUGUCCUAGUAACAGGUUUGGCAGCCAGCCCUGCGAAAAUGGAACUGCAGGGAUAAUAUGCAACACAAAUUUUGAUACUCACAACAGGUGUAAUGAUGAAAAUGGUACCCCACCUGAGCAUUGGAACACUCUGAGUAAGACUGAAAGGUUUGGUUAUUGUGAGCCGUAUGCUGGCAACUGCAAGCUCUGUAAUAAGAUAUUCAGAGGAAGUAUUGACUAUGUAUUUAUUGCGGCUGUUCACGGGAGUCAGAAAAACAUAUCCUCAAUUAUUGACAGUGAAAUUCCACCUUAUCUUGAAAGCAACUCCUUGGAAAGAUGGUGAUGAAUGUUACGAAAACAUUCUGAGAGUGAUUUGUAACUAUUACUUGAUGCCAUGUGGGACAGAGUCGGUAAAAUUGCCACCAUAUUCUGUAUGUUCUGAAGAGUGCUCAACUGUUGAGAGAGACUGCCCCAUAGUUUGGAGAACUGCCAAGUACGCACUAGAGAAUUACAACUUCAUCAGCUGUGAUAAAACGUCUAGCUUUAUCUUUCCUCUUCCAAGUUGUUGUACUAGCAUGGGCAUAGAAUGGUCAAAUAAACCCGAAACAAAAACAUCUCGUGUGAACGUGAUUGGUGUUGGUGGAGGAGUGGUAGUGAGUUUCUUCUUUCUUAUAAUCCUCUCCGUGGCAAUGCUACUACUUUAUGUCUACGUUAAGAGGAGAAUAAAACAUAAGAGGAUACAAACAGUUCAAAGGAAUAUACUCCAAAUGGUGGAACCAGAAGUCAAACAUGAUGAAGAGCCACCUGGUCACUACUCACUUUUAAACACCACACCAGGCUCUAACCCUUAUUCUGCGAAAGAACAGCCUCUCACUGGACAGUGUUUGCUCAAAGUGGAGCAUCCUGAGAGCCGUGGUCGCCUUAACUCACGCUAUGUACGCGAGCUGACACGUGGAAAGUUUCUCAUUAGAAGCCAAGAGUUGUCACAGCUGGAGAUGAUAGGGCAAGGAGAAUUUGGGGUUGUGUAUAAAGCUAUGCUGGGUCCUAAGGGAACAUUUAGUCGUGAUGUGGCUGUUAAGACGCUAAAAGGUUGUUUUGACCAACAAGAAGUGGAUAAGAUUGUUGAGGAGAGCCUGAAGAUGAGCCGGUUCAAGCAUGCUCAUGUGAUGGGACUCAUUGGGAUCCAGGAUGUUCAAAAGCGUCUGAUGGUGAUGUGCAACCAGAUAGCUAGUGGUAUGAAGUAUCUGGCUGCUGAGAAAUAUGUUCACAGGGACUUGGCAGCAAGGAACUGCAUGAUUGAUUCCCACUUUGUGAUAAAGAUCUCAGACUUUGGUCUGUCAGAGGACGUGUUCCAGAGGAACUACUACAGAGAGGGAGUGGAUGGAGAGAUGGCCAAACUCCCUGUCAAGUGGAUGGCUCCAGAGAGUCUGAGUGAUGGCCACUUCUCAGAGAAAAGUGAUGUGUGGUCAUUUGGAGUGAUAAUGUGGGAGAUAUUCAGUGGGGGUAAGUCCCCGUAUCCUGGGACCAAUCCCGUCAGCCUCAUGCAGAUGUUGGAGGGAGGAGAGAGGAUGCCUAAACCAUACAAUUCAGCAUGUUCUGAUGAAAUUUACAUGAUGAUGUUGGAGUGCUGGGAGUCAGCUCCAGACAAGAGACCUUCCUUCAAGACAUUGUACAGAAACACCUCCAAGUUCAUUGAAGGACUAGCUGGUUACCUGGAGGUGGGAUUUAACCCCUUUGUAGCCCAGACUGCCACUGAACCAGGAGAUGAAGAGACUACUAAUGAGAGGAGUGAGGACGAGGAGGGAGAGGAAGGACUGGACAAGCCAGUUGUAACGGUCAAAGUCCUUCCUCCAUCUGUUGAAUCUGGAGGUAAAUUCCCAGAGUAGCUAUUCAAUCAAGCAGUGACUUUAGAUGAUAUAUAGAUUGGCUCUUUUUUAGUUUGCAACAGUUAUGAAUGAUCUGAAUUU